AUGGGUAUUGGUCAGUCUGCGCCGGUCUCUUCCGCCGACUCCGGUUCGAACAUCCGCGAGAUCGAGCGGUUCCAGCGAAGCAAGUGGGAGUCGCUCCGCCGAUGCGAGGAGCAAAUGGUGGCCAACGCGGGGAGCGACCAAGAACGCCGCGAGAUCAAGCGGGAGUUCGCCGCCAGGAAGAGCAAUGCCAUGAACGAGUACCGCAUCGAGUGGUUCAACUGGCAGGAGCCGAACAAGCCUCCCUUCUGGGGCGACCACCCCUACUGGCAACGACCUUAG